UCAGUGAUCUUUCAAAUUUACAUUUUACUACGAGCUUACUUUAAUAUCGGACCGUUUGAUGCAGAUCAUGUUAAUCAUGACCUUAUUAAAAAACUAUGUUCCUAACAAAUCAUUUUGGUUUUACCACCUACACCCAUAUUAUUUGUUGAAAGGUCCCAAAAGAAAAGUUCCAAUAGAACUAUGUGGAACAAUUAAAUUAAUCUUGGUCAACAAUUAUAUGAUAUAAUCCUUGUCUGUUCUUCCCUUGUAAUAAUAAAAAAAUCUUGCAUCAUUUUCUACACCACUCUGCUCUUCUUUUACAAAUGGGAUUUGAAAUACAUAUGACUAAAAUAUCAUGGAGUUUGCUCAAGAUAUUUCUUCGCAGUAUUUCUCAGAUUUUUUUCUACUUCUCUUUCCCAUUGGGUCUUCCCCAGACCAUUGUUCCAGUAAGUUGUCAAAGCAUCAAUCAAGCCAGCCUGGCUGAGAAGAUACCUAUAUGCUCAAGAGAAUAACCCUGUCCUUUGUGUGAGUACAUUGCCUACCACAUUUCGAGUAAGACGAUGGAUACACGACAACAACUAGUACACCGUUACGAUUAUUGAUAUCGGGACAACAUGUUACAUACAUAAUCUGCAGCUACACAUUACUAAUAUAGCGUUACGGAGUUGUCAAAGAGAGAUGCACAAUAUUUCGAAAAGAUACUCUUUUGUUUUGUUUUUCUCGUUCCUCAAGUGACGAAUAGUUUAGUAAUGAAGAACCGUCAUUUUGUGUAAUGCGUAAUUAAAAUUAUAAACUUCUUGUUCAUCGAAACAAAUCACACGAUAAAUGUAACGAUUACAUUGCAUGCACAAAAGUUCGAGAUGAUACUAUCUAAUACACAUACUGAGAACAAGUUAUAUUGUAUCUGCAUCCAGUGGCAUCAUAAAGAAAAGAAACGAAAACCAAUACCCUCUGUUUCUCUGCCCUGUUCUGCGACCUCUGUUUUUUCCCUCCGCCUCUCAAAAAACAGAGGGAGACCCAAGUUGCAGCCGCAAACGUAACACACCAAACCCCCACUUGAAUUCCAACUUGUUUCUCGAAGAAUAAUAAUGGCAAUAAUAAUAUAAAAAAAAGGAUAGGAUAAAUAGUAAAACUAGAUAAUUCUUACUCUUGGAUAAAAUUGGACACGAGGAAAUCCGAACGAAGACAGGGGAGGUGAAUAUCCAGUCCAGUUAUCCAAUUGUUAUCCAAAUAUCUCUACUGGCUUUCCUUGAUAAACCCUGCUGUCUUUCUGGCUGGCUGGAUGCCUCAUCAUCGUCAUUAUCAUUAAUCCAUCCAUUAUUAAGAAACAAUCCAACCAAUACACACGAAUUCGUAGCCGUCAAAUUAAUCGUUUCCACGUCAGCCUCACCUGGAUUCAUGAACCCCAAAUUAUUAAAAUAUAAACAAAAUCUGCUGCAAUUUACAGCUCUCUGCUGCCUCGCACCCACAUGCCUUAUUCUCAAGAAAUUGCAGCUCCGAGGGCCUUCUCCCCACCGUUUUUCCUCUUCUCAGGACACCAAAAACACCCAUUUAUCAAUAUCCUUUCUUUUUUCUCUUUUUGGGUUUUUUUCCAAUUCCCCCCUUGCCGCAUGUAUAAAUAGCCAGCCCGCUCAAAUCUCUCUGCUCACCCAACAACAAUUUUCUGAUACAGAGGGAGAGAGGGAGUGUCUGAGUCCUUCUCUGCAACUUUCCCACCUUCUGUUUCUUCUUUUCAGAGAGAGAAAGAGAGAGGAAAUGGCGAUAGGGAAUUUGAAGGAUGUGGAGAGUGGUGAGAUUACCUACGGCCUGGAGGACUUGGAGGAGCCAUUGAUGAAUGGCAAAGUUGUGAGCUGUAGCAGUGGGGAAGAAACGGAUGGAGAUGAAGAAGACAGCAGCAAUGGGUCGAUAGGAAUGGUGCUUCUCAGCACUGCUGUCGCGGUUUGUGGCUCUUUCGAGUUUGGCUCUUGUGUUGGUUACUCUGCACCUGUUCAGUCUGCAAUUAGUGAAGAUCUCAACCUGUCUUUGCCUGAGUACUCCAUGUUCGGCUCGAUACUGACAAUUGGAGCCAUGCUUGGAGCUGUAACCAGCGGCAGAACUGCAGACUUCAUCGGCCGAAAAGGGGCAAUGAGGAUGUCUGCUAUGCUCUGCAUAAUGGGAUGGCUGGCUAUCUUCUUCUCCACGGAAGCUUUUUCACUAGACAUUGGAAGGCUCUUCACAGGAUACGGGAUUGGAGUUUUCUCUUACGUGGUUCCUAUAUUCAUAGCAGAAAUCGCUCCGAAGAAUCUCCGAGGAGGUCUCACUACGCUGAAUCAGCUGAUGAUUGUUGUUGGAGCUUCCACCGCCUUCUUACUUGGCUCGGUCAUUACAUGGAGAUCUCUAGCACUAACCGGUAUUCUGCCCUGCAUUUGCCUGCUUCUUGGUCUGUUCAUCGUUCCAGAGUCUCCCAGAUGGCUGGCAAAAGUUGGCCGGGAGAAGGAAUUCCAAGUCGCCCUGCAGAAACUCCGAGGCAAAGGCACUGAUAUUAGCCGGGAAGCUGUUGAAAUUCAGGUUAACCUCGAGGCGCUUCGGGCUCUCCCAAAAGCAAGGAUGGUUGAUCUUUUCCAACCAAAGUACAUUCGCUCCAUGAUUAUUGGAGUGGCACUAAUGGUGUUCCAGCAGUUUGGAGGGAUCAAUGGGAUCGGCUUCUACGCAAGUGAAACAUUUGCUGCAGCUGGGCCUUCUCUGGCAAAAAUCGGAACCAUAGCAUACGCCUGCAUCCAAGUCCCGAUCACUGUCGCCGGAGCAAUGCUGAUAGACAAGUCUGGUAGAAGACCACUCAUCAUGGUCUCUGCAACUGGUACAUUCAUCGGCUGCUCCAUGGCUGGAGCUUCCUUCUUUCUCAAGAGCCAUGAUUUGCUGCUCGACUGGGUACCUAUCCUAGCCAUCUCCGGCGUACUGGUCUACAUUUCUGCAUUCUCAAUCGGAAUGGGAGCUGUCCCCUGGGUGAUCAUGUCCGAGAUCUUUCCGAUCAACAUGAAGGGAGUCGGAGGGAGCCUGGUGGUGCUAGUGAAUUGGCUGGGCGCUUGGGCAGUAUCGUUCACAUUCAACUUCCUCAUGAGCUGGAGUUCUUCGGGGACGUUCUUUCUCUACUCCGGGUUCUCGAUCAUGACCAUUCUCUUCGUCGCCAAGUUCGUCCCCGAGACCAAAGGCAAAACGUUGGAAGAAAUCCAGGAAUCCAUCAACAGCUCGUAGGCGAAUUAUGAGAGCAGGAAUUUGCAGAAAUUUUGAUUGAACAUAAUUGAAUUGGGCAUUGGAACCCGCCAUUCUCCCAGCACAAAUGGAGGAGGGAUAUCUCUCUGAUACUGGGUUUACGGAUUCUGAGGCAGAGAUGGGGGAGAGAUUGCGAAGGUCGCCGGCGGAUGGUUGGAAUGAAGAAGGAAUUAGAAGGUCGGCGAGACGGGAACUUCCGGCGAAUUGCCGGCGGUCUCGGUGUAUUUUGUUUGUUGUUGUACUGAUGUAGACCGAUGAAAGUGAAAGAAAAAAAAUAUUGAAAUUGGGCCGAAUUACGAUUGGAUCUUUGACGAACCUGCUAAAAUAUUGAAAUUGGGUUUGGGCUGAAAUAUGAAAUGGAAUAAAACCCGCCCACGCGG